GCAUCAUUCUGCCGGUUGGCUCUCAUCAGUAGCGCAACGUUCUCGCUCCUCGGACUUCGCUCACAACAAUAUUCCCACCGAUACUACCGCGUAUCAAGAGUGCGUGUGCUACCUGACGACCAGUGCGGUAUCGCCGUAGAGAUACCUGUCUACCAUCAUUACUCAGAAUAUACUCGCUACACACGCGUCGCGGAAUACGCUCUUUUGCGUGUGCCCGUUGUUUACGUCCAGAGGAAAACGCAUUUUUCCCGCUCGGUACUGACCUAAGCCUACUGGAUUGCGCGAGGUGCGACAGUUUUUUUCUGUGGACCGAACCCGGGUCACCUGGAAGGUAUAUCUUUGUUGUUGUUGUUUUCGUCUUCUUCGAAGGAUCGACGUCUAGUGACAUGGAUCCUGUUGGAUUUACGUAACUUUGUGUGCUGCUUCGAGAACACGCUCUAAACGGAAACAUGUAAACUGAAGAUAGAAUCCAUUUACUCGAGACGUGAUGUGCCUAGGCAGUUUCUGGACAGCGUUGCAAUUGCUAUGGAGCUCAGUAUACAUUGUUUGUGGUGCAACACAAAUUGUAUCAGGCAUAUUUUUUCUGGUAUCUAUCCCAGCACUUAACUUCACCUCUAAUCUAGUUGCUGGAUUAAUAAAUGUGGUGAUGGGGGUAUCUGGGGGAGCUCUCGUUUGUUUCGGGAAGCUGUCACCCCGUCGUCAGGAGGCGUUGCUCUACAUUGCAUGCUCGGUGCUAGCUGUCAACCUCGCUGCAGCCAUUUUGAGAGAAUGGGGUCUCUAUUUUCAGGAUCUCACGGAAUUAUUGAAGGACCAUCCCUAUCAUUUAUUAAUUUUGUACGGUUGUUUUACUACCAGAAUAGUCGCUGUUGCAGUGAUUGUGGCAUCGUUUUUGGACAGUCAGUUCGCUUUUUGUUCGAUGCAGAUACGUUCCAAGGAUCACAGAGGUCUAAGGAAAAUCAAAGGAGAAAGGAAAUCUCGUGACAACCUUCCAGAUAUCGAAUAUAUAAUACCCAAACAAAAACCGUCAAAAUCACCUUCGAAACCUCACGCAAUCUACAACGCAUAUGCUCAAAGUUGGGUUUUCGACGUCGAUCAAGCAGCUGGCUCUAACAACUUGGCAACUUGCACCAAAUCCCUGCAGAAUGGAAGUCCGAAAAUCCAAGAAUCUCAGCAGAAUGGACAAGCUAGUUACGUUGCUUCACUAAUCUGCGAGAAUCCACCGCACGUUGAUAAUCCAACUGUGUAUAUCGAAGAGGCAUCGGACGACAGCACCAGCAAUAGUGGCAGGAAAAUAGAAAACAUGAAAAGCUUCUCAAGGACAGCUUCUCCUGUUUUACUAUCAGCCAGUUCCUCACAGUCCAGUUUGAAUCUCAGCAAAUCGAACAAGCCACCGAUCUAUGGAUAUUUGGAAAAAUUGACAGAACCUGAAGUAUACAGGUCGAGGUUGAAUUCAGCCUUGAGCGAUAAGGAAGAGAGUGAUUCUGUCGGCCAACACAGCACUUCAACAGUGACAAUGCAUCUCAGAGAUAGCGUGAGCCCACGAUCUGAAAAAGUACAGUACGCCUCCUUCAUGCAAGAACUGCAGAAAGCGAUAGUCGGCAAGAAAGAAACUAUAUCACCCCAAAGUACAAGUGAAAGUAUUUCAGUUUCCGAAAAGACUCAAACGAAUUCUAAGAGCAGCAGCAGACAGGAAUCUUCCAAAUCGGAGGCGAAGAGCAGCGAUGGUGAGUUCUCAAGAAAGCUGGAGGCCGCUCUCCAACUGAUCCAGGAUCUGGAGAGUCCAAACACCAUAGAAACUCCCUCGGAGGCGAAAUCUCUCGGGGAGUUCAAGGAAAGGGAGAGGCCUACAACUCUCUGGAGGAACAGCAACGCUAGUAGUGACGAUAGUGAUAAAACUCAGACUGGUAUAGGUUCUAUUGGAGAGUUGACGUCACCGCUCAGUGAACGUCAGCCGGAAAUGAGAACGUUCAAGCCUUCGCCGACUGGUAAGGGUGCUAGUAUCAUUGUUCAUCAUCCAAACUCCCAAAGUACUUCAGGGUACAGCUCACCUACCCAUCCUGCAAGCUCCGCUAGUACCCCCACGCAAAAUUGGUCCACCACUUCGUCUAUAAACGGUAGCAAUACCGAAAUCAUCAAACCCGUUUCAUAUUCGAUUCACAAUUCCAAAUGUACCACUGUCAUUUCCUUGUACACACCCAAUGGUACAAACCAAAAGGGAAAAUCUGUUACCUUAGUUUCUAUCACUGGAGAUAACGACCCCAUCACGACGCCAGUGCAAACGGUACAAAGGCCGAUCACCAACGAAAUAGACUCUACGUUAGUUAAAAACGAGGGUUUGGCUAGAAGAGAAUCGACCUCAACGAAUAGGACAUAUGGCUCGAAUGGUUGGAAGAGCUUAUUGCGAAAAAAGAAACAGACCCCAAAAUUGUGUCCUGAAUUGGAAGGUGCCAUUAUUAAAUCGGAAAGUUUAGCCUACUUGUCAGAAAUGGAACUGCUAGCUAGGCACCAAAGAAAUAACGAAAUGCAUAGGAAAAUAGAAGAGCGAGUGAUACAACAAUUGGGAACGCCAAGGACUGAAUCUAAGUGUUGAAGAUGCCAAUUCCAUAAUGUUCCAGCCUCAUAUCUCAAUUACGGAACCCUAUUCCCAAGCUGCUGGUCAGCUCUGUCCAUUUUCUAGUACUGAGAAACAUUUGUAAUAAUAUUUAUAUUUUCGAAACUGUAACAUGAUACGCUGUAUAUAUUGUUGUUUUAGUUAUAUAGUUUAUACGAUUUAUUCUAUUUAAAUAAAUCCCUUUUCAUAA